AAAUUUAGGAAAAUCGGGCAGUUCACAGUUUUUGCAAAAAUGUACAUCAGCCAUGGGGCAUGCAGCAUUUUUUUGUGCUCCAUACGGUUAUUUUUCAUUGAAGAAUGGAAGAUGAUCAGAAGGAUUAGAACAACUCUGCUUGCCAUGACGGUAGUGACUAUCAUUUUUCUUACGAUAACCAUACUGGUUAGCAUACAAGCUAAACCUCUAGAGGGCAGACAAUUAGAAUUGCUCCAUGUGGUGAUGCGACACGGAAUAAGGACCCCCGCUAGUACAUACCCAAAUGAUCCUUAUGUAAAUCAUACUUUUUAUCCGGUAGGAUGGGGGCAACUUACAAAUGAAGGAAAGGUUCAACUCUACGACAUAGGCAAAUUUCUUAGGGAAAGAUACGGAGAUUUUCUAGGAAACCACUAUUCGCCCGAUCUUUACUACACGCAAUCUACAGAUGUAGAUCGGACAAAAGCUAGUAUGCAAUUGGUAAAUGCCGGUCUAUGGCCUCCGGAAGAGACGCAGAAAUGGGGCCCGAUAGAUUGGCAACCGAUCCCUAUUUAUUCCGAACCAUUGGAUCAGGACAUGUUAUUACUGGUGAGGAAGCCAUGUGCUCAGUAUCACAUUGAAAGAGACAAAGUAAUAAAUUCGGAAGAAGUAAAAAAUCUGUUUAAGUACUACGAACCUCUCUUUAAAGAACUGACAGAAGUCACGGGGCAAAAUGUCACAGAUUUUGAUGGUGUGCAAGAUGUCUUCAGUACACUUCAAGCUGAGGAAGCGUUCAAUUUAACUUUGCCGGAAUGGAUCCAACAGUAUUACCCCGACAGGAUGCUGGAACCGACUACGUUUAGUUUCGUCCUAAAUGCCUAUAACGACAAGAUGAAUAGACUGAAAGGAGGAGUCUUGUUGAAAAAACUACUAGAGGAUUGGCGAUCCAAGGCAGAUGGCACGAUAUCACCAUCGAUUAGGAAAGCGUUUUUGUAUGGAGGGCAUGAUUCUACUAUAAGCAAUAUCAUGAGUACCUUAAAAAUAUGGGAUCCCCAAAUUCCGGGUUAUGGUGUUACGAUAUUGUUCGAGUUGUGGAAGGACUUGGCUACAGAUAAGUAUGGAGUUGAGAUAUACCUUAGAAAUUCUACGAGCGUGCCUCCACAUAAAAUGACUUUACCUGGCUGUGAUACUUUUUGUCCCUUGGAAAAGUUAGUGACGCUAACGAAAGACGUAAUUCCGGAAAAGUGGGAAGAAGAAUGCAAAACGAGUGACGAGACUUAUAUCGUACCACCCUCAUUGGGUCCCUAGGCAUCGACCGUAUGACACUUUUUCAAAAGAUUUUCGAAAUAUAUUCAAAUCGGCACAGUCUGUGAUAAAAUUAAAAGGAUGCAAAUCUUGACGGAUAGUCAAGUCAUAAAUUAUGGAAUAUUUAUAAAUAAAAUCUAUAAAAUGC